UUCCUCCCCGUUCACUCUUACGCAUCACAAUUUUAUAGCACAUUUGAAAAAUGGCAACUUUCACUCACUCCCUUCUCACACUCUCUCUCCUCGUGUCCAUCUUUCACCUCUCCUUCGCUGCAAGGAGGCUGGUUCAGGACAAGGAUCAGGAUCAGUUACUCCAUUACCACAACGGUCCUUUGCUAUACGGCAAAAUCGCCGUCAACCUCAUCUGGUACGGAAAAUUCAAGCCAUCCCAAAAGGCCAUUAUCACCGAUUUCGUUACCUCACUCUCCUCCCCAGCGUCCCAGAACGCCCAACCCUCUGUUGCCACGUGGUGGAAAACCACCGAGAAAUACUACCACCUGAGUUCCAAGAAACCUUCUUCUCUUUCCCUCUCACUGGCCGAUCAGAUUCUGGACGAGGGUUACUCGCUGGGCAAGUCACUAACCAGCAAGCACCUCGUCGAGCUGGCAUCCAAGGGGGGACAGAAAAACGCCAUCAACGUUGUUCUCACAUCCGCUGAUGUGGCAGUCGAGGGUUUCUGUAUGAGCCGAUGUGGCACUCACGGCUCCUCCUCUACAACCUCUCACGUGAAAGACGGAAAGAACUACAAAUUCGCUUACAUUUGGGUUGGUAACUCGGAAACCCAAUGCCCUGGCCAAUGUGCGUGGCCCUUCCACCAGCCUAUUUAUGGACCACAGAGCCCACCGUUGAUUGCUCCCAACAACGAUGUGGGACUGGACGGAAUGGUUAUCAACCUUGCCAGUCUCCUGGCCGGAACCGCCACGAACCCUUUCGGAAAUGGCUACUUCCAGGGCCCUGCAGAGGCUCCACUGGAAGCGGCAUCGGCGUGUCCUGGGGUUUAUGGGAAAGGGGCUUACCCUGGUUAUGCGGGUGAGUUGUUGGUUGAUUCCACAACGGGUGGUAGCUACAAUGUGAAUGGUGGUAAUGGGAGGAAGUACCUUGUUCCUGCUUUGUACGAUCCUUCUACUUCGUCUUGCUCAACGCCCGUGUGAGGAUUAUGUUACUGCUGCCACUACCACCAUGUUAGAAUCACGGCCUAGGAGUUGUACUUGUACAAAACUUCAAAUAAACAUUUUGUAGGAUUAUUUCAUUUAUUUUUUUAUAUCUUCUGGAUAUGUACGCCGAUUAAGGAUAUGUAGAGGCAAAUGUACUACCGUUUGCUUUUUAAUAUUAAUUAUUAUGUUACUCGACCAAAA